AUGCAGGCAGCGACGCAGGCAGCGACCAAUACAUUCCGCACGACAUUUUCAUACAGCCGCAAGCUAGUGUGGUUCCCGGGCCAUCAGUCAAAAGCACUUCGAGAUCUCCGACAUUCACUCUUCAAUGUCGACCUGGUUGUCGAAGUACGAGACGCACGCAUCCCAUUCUCAUCCGCCAAUCUGAGACUAGAUAACGUCCUAAAAGGUGUAGACAGGCUCAUUGUCUUUAAUAAGAGCGACUUGGCUAGCAAGAAUUUGCAGCUGUCGAUACAGGACUCGAUACUCAAAUAUACGGGCUGCCAGAGUCUAUUCACCAAUGCCUUCAAGUAUCACGGUGUGAGCCAGAUACUCAACUAUGCUACUGAAAAGGCACAACGAGAUCCAUCUAAAUACCCAUAUCUCUCCAUGAUGAUUGUCGGUGUGCCCAAUGUAGGCAAAUCUUCCCUUAUCAAUGCUCUGAGAUAUAUUGGUUUGAAAAGAGGGGACAAGGUCGCUCCAGUAGCUCCUCACGCUGGAGUAACAAGAGCAAUUCAAAACAAGGUCAAGAUACACGAGGAUCCUAAUAUUUAUCUUAUUGAUACUCCGGGAGUAAUAGACCCACACAUAAUCGACCCAAUCCACGGCCUCAAAAUCGCCCUCACAGGCGGCACAAAGGAUUCCACAACAGUAAUGAUUGACGUGGCAGACUACCUCCUCUUCCGUCUAAACCUCUCCAAAACAUGCAAAUCCAUCUACCCACACGAAUUCUCCCUCCCGGCUCCAACAGACGACCUAUCCACCGUCCUCACAGCCGUCGCCAAGAAAUACAAUAUCCGCGCAGACACGUCACCGAAAGGACUAGCUGUGCCUAUAGAGCAGGUCACGGAAUGGGACGCGGAUCGAGCCGCGUUGAAAUUCGUGACUCUGUAUCGGAAGGGGUAUCUCGGGAGUAUGGUGCUGGAUGAUUGCACUGAAGAGGGUGUGAAGGAGUGGUUUGGAAAGAAGGAUGAGAGGGUGCUGAAGGCUAAAACGUUGAGUGAUGGGGUUGAUGCUACUAGUGGGAAGAGGAAGAAGAGGGUUAAGAAGAGGGAGGGGGAUGACGUGCUUGUUGCUACUGAUUCGUUUUCCUUGUAA